GAGACGCCGGGGCCAGGAGCCGCAACAGCCCCGCCGCCGCCGCCGCCGCCGCCCGGGGGGACGCCCCAAGCCAACCCUGCGCCCCAGCCCAUUGAGCCGAGAGCGGCGAGGGCUCACGAUGGCCAACAGACCCAAGACCAGCGAGGCCUUGAAGGUGGUGGCCCGAUGCCGCCCCAUGAACAGGAAGGAGGAGGCGGCCGGGUACGAGAGGAUCAUGGAGAUGGAUGUGAAACUGGGGCAAGUGACCCUCCGGAACCCCAAGGCCGCCCCCGGGGAGCUGGCGAAGACCUUCACUUUCGACGCCGUGUACGACGCCAGCUCCAAGCAGGCGGACCUGUAUGACGAGACGGUCAGGCCCCUGAUAGACUCGGUCCUGCAAGGGUUCAACGGGACCAUCUUCGCCUACGGCCAGACGGGCACCGGGAAGACCUACACUAUGCAAGGGGCCUGGACGGACCCAGAGAAGAGAGGGAUCGUCCCCAAUUCCUUUGAGCACGUCUUCACCCACAUCUCCCGGUCCCAGAACCAGCAGUACCUGGUGAGGGCCUCCUACCUGGAGAUUUACCAAGAGGAGAUCCGAGACCUCCUGGCGAAGGACCAGACCAAGAAGCUGGAGCUGAAGGAGAACCCUGAGACGGGAGUUUACAUCAAAGACCUCUCCUCGUUCGUGACGAAGAACGUCAAGGAGAUCGAGCACGUCAUGAACCUGGGCAACCAGACCCGAUCGGUGGCCAGCACCAACAUGAAUGAAUACAGCUCCCGCUCCCACGCCAUCUUUGUGAUCACAGUGGAGUGCAGCGAGACCGGCCUGGAUGGAGAGGACCACAUCCGGGUGGGCAAGCUCAACCUGGUGGACUUGGCUGGCAGUGAGCGCCAGAGCAAAAUGGGGGGGCCAGGGGAGAGGCCUAAGGAGGCUUCCAAGAUUAACCUCUCCCUCUCAGCUCUGGGCAACGUCAUCUCUGCCUUGGUCGAUGGCAAAAGCACUCACAUCCCCUACAGAGACUCCAAGCUGACCCGCCUCCUGCAGGACUCCUUGGGUGGCAAUGCCAAGACCAUCAUGGUGGCCACCCUAGGCCCAGCCUCUCACAGCUACGAGGAGAGCUUGUCCACCCUCAGGUUUGCCAACAGGGCGAAGAACAUCAAGAAUAAGCCGAGGGUCAACGAGGACCCGAAGGACACCCUGCUGCGGGAGUUCCAGGAGGAGAUCAUACGGCUGAAAGCCCAGCUGGAGAAGCGAGGGAUGCUGAGCAAGAAGAGGAGGAGAAACAGCCGAAGGAAGAAGGUGGUGGAUGCAGAGGGCAAUACAGAGGCCGAAGGGGAGGAGGACAAUGACGAUGGCCUGGAGAAGAACAUGGAGAAUUACUUGAAGGAGCAGAAGGAGAAGCUGGAAGAGGAAAAGGCUGCCAUUCAAGAUGACCACAGCCUGGUGAGUGAGGAGAAGCAGAAACUGCUGGAGGAGAAGGAGAAGAUGAUAGAGGAUCUGAGGAAGGAGCAAGAAGCCACCGAGUUACUGGCCAUUAGGUACAAGGCGAUGGAGAGCAAGCUGCUGAUAGGAGGGAGGAACAUCAUGGACCACACAAAUGAGCAGCAGAAGAUGCUGGAGCUGAAGAGGCAGGAGAUAGCUGAGCAGAAACGUCGGGAGCGGGAGAUGCAGCAGGAGAUGCUGCUGCGGGAUGAGGAGACCAUGGAGCUGCGGGAGACCUUCACGUCUCUGCAGCAGGAAGUGGAGAUCAAAACCAAGAAACUGAAGAAGCUGUACGCCAAGCUGCAGGCUGUGAAGGCAGAGAUUCAGGACCAGCAUGAUGAGUACAUCAGAGUGCGGCAGGACCUGGAAGAAGCGCAAAAUGAACAGACACGAGAACUUAAACUCAAAUAUUUGAUCAUUGAGAACUUUAUCCCUCCUGAAGAGAAGAACAAGAUCAUGAACCGCCUGUACUACGAAUGUGAGGAGGACCAGUGGAAGUUCCAGCCGCUCGUGCCUGCUGGGGGCAGCAAUAACCAAAUGAAGAAGAGGCCAACCUCUGCCGUGGGCUACAAGAGACCCAUCAGCCAAUAUGCGCGGGUGGCCAUGGCCAUGGGAUCCCACCCGAGGUACCGGGCUGAGAACAUCAUGUUCCUGGAGCUGGAUCUCUCCCCCCCAGCUGUGUUUGAGUUUGAGCUGACCGGGGACCAGGGCGAGCAGGACCCCCGAGCUCUGCACCUUGAGAGACUGAUGCGCCUGGAUAGUCUCCUAGAGCGGCCGGCAGCUGCCAGGGUGAGGAAGUCCCGAUCCUGGUGCCAGACGCCCCGGCCACUGCCACCCUCAACAACUCACAGUUCCCUGGCGUCCGUGUCCGAGCGUCCCCCCACGAUGUCAGCUCAUGAGUGACGCCCUGCAGUUCCUCCCUUCCCUUCAUCUUACAACAAGGACUACGCUACCCAUCACUGGCUGCUUCCAAAAGCGCUCGGACGGGGAAGGGGAUUCCCCGCUGGCAGCCUUCCCGCCCGGUCCCAUCUCGUCUUUGUCUUCAGCUACUUCUCGUGUGUGUGUGUGUGUGUGUGUGUGUGUGUGUGUUUGUGUGAGACACUCGGCGUCAGUUCCCGGGGACACGGGUGCUGCCUCCCUCCCCGCAUCUGGAUCUGUCACUUUAUUUAUUUAUCUAUUUAUUUAUGAAGCGGUUUGGCAAUGCAGAGUUAGGAGAAUAAGUUCAGAAUAAGGCUCAGCCAAGGCGGGUGGUGGGCACCAUGUAGAUUUCUCCCUUCUGCUACCCCCCAUCUUAUUUAAAGCAGGAGCUAGCCACAGCCCACGGAAGCUGCGUUUUCAUCGUGUCAUUGGCAUACUACCCACUCCUACUGCACAGUCACCUCCUGGGACGGAAACAAGCAGACAAUGGGAGAGAAGCUCUGCCCUCUCUCUCUGAUGGCUUUCUUGUGAGAUGAGACCACUCAGAGCUCUCCAUGGACUCCGCAUGUGGGGUGGUUGUUUGCUUUGCCAGAUUCCCUGGGAUACCCCACGAGACCCGUGCCCAGGCUGACAGCCAUUCCCACAAGUGUUUGGGGAUUUUCUGGCAGCUGGGCCUUGCAUUUGCUGGCCACGGACAGAGACACUUCCUGUGCCGUAUCAACAGUGGCAGCAGCAGGGACGUCUCCUUGAGUUCUGGGCUCAGCUCUCGCCCCAUGACGAACAAAGGGGGUGUGAAUUAAUCAAACCCAGCUAACAGGGGGAGCUAACGUUUUCCAGUGAUCCUGAGACUUUGCUCACCAACUGCACCUUUUGGAGAUGGCUGGGCCUGCCCCACUAAGUCAUCGGACAUCCAACUUGGUUCACAGUCCCUCGUUGGGGUGGAGCCGCCAGUGGGAAUCUCCUGAUCUCCCCAAAGAAGUGCACAGACACUGGAGAACAACAUUAUCUACUUGAAAACUGACCUCGCAGGUCAAAGCAGAAACGAAAGUAUCUACUGUCCUUGGCACUAGAGGGAAAUAAUCAGUAAAGGGCAGACGAACACACUUAUCUCAUGCACUGGCUACCUGGACUGGGUGAUACAAGAAGGUGUUAAAUUGCUAGUCUCAAGAACAUCUUUGAUCUGGUACAGGGGCUGUGGAGGGGGGCAGGGAAGCUGGUAAAAGAAGGAGGAACAAGAGGCGAGGCACUUUUGUCUAGUCCCGAGGAGGAGGAUUAAAACAUGGCUCUGGCAACAGCAUGGGCGGCUAUUGUUAGAACAAAGUUCAGUGUUCCUGAGUGUGUCGACGUUCAACAGUUCAGCUGAGGGUAGGUGCAUCCACACCUGAGACCUGGAUGGAUGUUCCAGGCCACUGGGUGAGCAUAGACAAUUAUGGGCUCUUGGAUGGUUUGCAAAUGUGCAGUGCUGGGGGUGGGGAGAGAUCAAAGACCUUUGCAAGAUCAUAGUCAAUGGGAAAGUGAUUUAUCAGGUUCACUCAAGAAGAUUUGGGUUAUGAAAUUAUCCUUCCACUUUUUCUGGUCUUAGGCCAGCACCCUGCUGGAGCAGAAGAAGGAGAUACGUCCUGGAAUCCAGACAUCUGGGCUUGAACUGGGAAAUCCAAGGAGAAUAUGAGGGCUGGCCCCAUAGAGGGUAUUGUUGUGAGACCAAGGGAGCUUCUCAUUAGGGUCUGGCCAGUGCCUGUCUUGUAGCCUUCUGCACUUACGGCUGCUUCCCUGUCUCAGUGUCACUGCUGUUUGCCUCUGCCAGGCUUUCUAGAACUUUCCGCUUCCAGGUGCGCAGCUGUUGAAAUCCACAGGCCAUUGAAUUGUGGUGGGAAUGGAGGAGUGGGAAGGGCUGGGGCCUCACUCAGCUUUCAGAGAGGAGACACCAACCGCAUCUUAUUUGAAAGAGUUUGAGUGCUACAUAAAGCGGCAGGAGGGUCACUGCAGGGAUCACUGGGUAGCAAAUCCCUGCAUCAUGGGAAUCAAAUAAUUAGUCUCCCCAGAUGGAGGGCUUCGUUUGUACAGAUUAGGGAAGAGCAAACCACUGCUGAGUCCGCUUUCCAGUUAGCCCCCAGGUCACGGAUGGUUAAAACAUGGCCCAUGGAGUCCCCAGAACUCAACAACAGGGCUUUCAACCACCCUCUUGUAUCAUACCAAGGUGUAGCCCAUGGAAGCCGCAAGCUGCCUUUUAGAGUGUAGCAGCCCUGCCCCGCUGCCUACCGGGCCCUGGAGUCUCAGCUGGCCACAUGUGCCUGUUUAAAGAUGAAGCCAGCUGCUACUUUCUCCAAGAUGUGUUCAGGCUGCCAACCAGCCAGCAUGGAGCUUCCAAACUGGGCACUGGGCAGCGUGUAGGCCCCCUGCUUCUGCAUUACGAGGGUCAACAAUGCUUGUGCAUUAUCACUACCAACACUUCUCUCUAGGGCUCGCCCCUUUCACCAACUUCUGACGGAGGAAGGAUGGCACUCGUGCCUUGCAUCACUUCAGAUGAUGUGGGUGUGUAAAGCUGGUGAGAGAAUCCACAGCUCUCUGGCUGAGGUUAGAAACUAGCCCUGCCCAUCUGCAGCGGGUAGAAAAGCUAACGAAGCAACCCAAAAACACAUUCAGGUGAAAGAUCCAUGAGCUCACAUUCAUGGAAGAUCCUCCAUGGGACUGGGGAACAUGCUGCCAUAGAGCAGUACCAAUCUAAAUUGACUGACAGGGAGUGUUAGUGAGAGGAGCAAAGGGAGGUGAAGGUGAAAGCUGGGGUGCAUUCAUACUCUGUGGCCACGGAGAUGUCCCUUCUCCAAUGCCAGCGCCCCUCUGAAACUAUCAAAGACAGGCUCAGUCCCCCUCGGACUUAUCCCCACACUUACAAAAUGGAGCACUGGGCUGCAGGAGGAAGGAUACAGAUACACCAUGUACCCCCUUCAGAAACACUAGGGGCUCCCCAAUUCUCCCAUCUCCAUGCUAAGUAAUGGGGCUGGGGAAGCAGAGAUCUGUCCUAGUUAUGUGUGGAUGCAGGGCAGGGCGGUGAUCAGGUUUUGUAGGAUGGAACUAGAUGAGGCUAAAAAGGGGGAGCUGCUGGCAGACUCCUUGCAGGUGGACAGUUCACUCUCUCCAUCCGGUGCAAAAGUCUGCAGCUGAUGGUUUCUCCUCAUUCCUGCUGCCUCACCCUAGAGCUUGGCCCAUAAUGUUGUGAAGAAGCAUGGGGGUCUGGGCUGGCUUAAACUGAGAGAUUGGCUCCUUUACCUCACCCAGAAGCAGGAGACCUGCCUCAGGAGCUCCAAAUUCAUUAAACUUCUCUCCAGACGAGAGGAGAGAGCUAAUGUGGAGGGUGAGCAGCUGGGAAUGAUUGCAUAGACAACAUACCAGGUGAAGUAGCUUUUCUCCAGCAACAUCCAUGGGGAGUGACUUGGGCUCCAACCCUCCUUCAGGGACAUGGGGGGGGGUCAAAAGUAGCUACCCACGCAAAUGCACCCAUGGCAGGUGUGUCCCAUUCCCAGCUCCCAGAACAAAAUCUCUUCUCCCCCUUUACUGAAGAGGAACUUGAACUAACUGAGCCAGCUGCAGAACAAACUCUCUCACCUUCCAUUUCUACGUUGCCUUUAACGCCCAAACAUGGGAUGCCUGAUUUGCAGAAGGAUUGUGUGCGCCCCUGGAUGUAGCUUUAAACACAGCCAGAGAGAGCUGCUGGAUUUUCAUUCCAGCACCAGAGCCUCUUCCAGAUAGUGUGCUGGAAAUUGGCUGAGCUAGACACAAAGGCACCUGUAGACAAAUGCAGUUGCCCUUUAGCUCCUGUCCAUCCAUUUCUAGGACUCCAGCACAGGCCAGUUCUGUGGUGGUAGAUACCCAGUUUUAGACAUGCUGGCCUCUGUGCCUGCUCACCCACUCUUAGCAUAGAGACACCCCUGCUCUCUUCUUUUGCAUGGUGCAUAGGGUGGGUAAGGCAGACACGGGUGACUAGGCUGCCUAUCAAGGGUAAAUACCAUCUCCCACUGCGUCUGGUGCAGAGCCUGUUUGCCCUCUGGAGGUUAUUUUCUGUGCCGUGGUGACGCACAGGACCCAGACAGGAUUAUGGCUGAGAUGGGGCCCAUGUGAAAACUCUCCAGCCAACUCAGCUGCUCUCGUUAAGAAACCUCCCCUGUGGGUUGGAAAUUUGACACAGUCACUUUGGGGUCACAUCUCACCACUUGGCCAGCUUUGAAUUUUGAUUUGGCCUAAGAAAACUCUGCAGGUGGCGCCCCCUGUUGAUGGUGUGUAGACUGCGUGCGGGAGGGCAGGGCUGAGCUCUCAAUGCCUAAGUGCCGCUUGACGCAUCUGUUGCGCGUGGAUGUCUGAGAAUCUCGCGCACGCUCUAUCUGCUGCUGCCAAUAACCUCACGAUCUUCUUAGCACAAAAACCAAGUAAGGCUGUAAAUAAAUACUGAUUAUUUAAGAUGAGAACCACGAAGCUAGCCGUGGUGUCUGCCCUCUGCCUUUGUAUGAUGGGCUGGAUCACUCCCACAGCCUCACUGCACCUCGGAUGUAUAUUUCUAUUGUUCUUUGUAUGUUGGUAUGUAAGUAUUUACAUAGGAACGUAUGUAGGUGUGUGCAGGCGUGCGUGUGUGUCACCAAGGGGACUAGUUACCGUCAGUGUGAGCGACGACCGGGGGCAAAUUCCAGAGGGGGUUAACAGGUUGGUAUUUUUUUUAAUUGAUCAGCUGAUUGACUGACAAGGUGAGGGCCUUGAUUAGGACCAAAUUUUUGUGCCUGUUGUUAUGGUGAUUUAUUUAGAAAUCAACAGUUUCCUGUACGGUGGCCCAUCCUUGUCACUCUAUACAUAUGAAUAUACAGGACAUAUUAUAAAUAUAUAUAUAUAUUAUACAUACUGUGCUGGGAAAGGUCAUUGUCCUCACACCCCCUCUGGCUUUGGAUGGACACUUCUUCAAUACUCUGUAAGGUAGCUUUGAUGUGGUGCUGGAAAUGAACAGAAAGUGCCAGCACCUUUCAAAAUGGCAACAAGGACAACAAUAAAGGAAUGGGCAUCAUUGCAAA